AUGCCCUCCAUUCCAACCAUUCUAUACCGUAGCCCUGCCAGGCUCAGGGCUUCUAUCUUGAUCCCUCAAUGUCGACAAGCGGUUUCUACUCGACCUUUCUCUUCUUCGCUAUCCCGAGCUUCAACUCAGGGGUAUGGAGAUGGAGAGGGCAGCCCCGUGUCGGAGAAUCCACAAGAUCAGGGAGCCUCAAACGCCACGAAGCAUAACGCAGAACACCCUGGCCCCGAGCCAGUAUCUGAAGGUCAAGGAACUGGUGCAGGCCCAACAAAAGGUGGCUCGAAAGGUCCAAAAUCCCCCGAGGAUGCAUCUGCACAGUCUGGAGGAUCGAGAUCCAUGGAAGCAAAGGAGACUGGAUCCAGCCCAACAGGUGGUUCCAUCAAGGGAAGCGGAGGCAAGAAGAAAAAUCUAAAGGAGAAGAGUGUCAAUGGAGCUUCACCCAAGAUUCAUUCGGAAGAUAAACCCCCGGGACCGGAUAGUGCGAGCAAACAAGCUGAGGUUGAGAAGCAUAAUAGGGAGUUCAGGGAGGGACACGAUGGAGGCUCACAGAAGGCUGAAUAA